AUGCUUCCCCGCGUGCCUCGCGCUCUUCCCUCCGCCCUGCGCCCUUCUCUCCGCGUAGGCCGGAUCUCCGCGCCCGCAGCCAUCCACCACCAGCAACCAACCUGCCCAGCUCGCCUGCCACGCGCAUCCCAACGAGGCUUCUCCAUCACCUCUUCGGUGCGCAAGGGUAUUUUCCCGGACUCGUCGGACCCUCCCGCGCCGCACCCGCAGUCGCAUAACGUCGCCGGCGCGGCCACCCACGUCACCGAGCCCUCCCCAUUGACCGACCAGGAAUACCAUGAGUACGCCGAGCACUACCUCAAUGUGCUCCAGACCGAGGUAGAACGCGCACAGGAGGACGGCUCCGACAUGGAAGCCGAGUACAGCGCCGGCGUGUUGAACAUCUCCGUCCCCGGCGUAGGCACCUACGUCCUGAACAAGCAGCCGCCCAACAAGCAGAUCUGGCUCAGCUCGCCGAUUUCCGGUCCCAAGCGCUACGACUGGGUCGUCAUGGGCGACCAGAUGCACGAGAAGCAGGACACCCGGCCCUUUGUCAACGGGCAGUGGAUCUAUCUGCGGGAUGGGUCGAAUCUGACGGAUCUGCUGAACUCCGAGUUGACUCUGAGUAUGCCAAAGGACGUCUACAGUGAGAUGGAGGAGUCGUGA